GUCCUCCUCGCCCACUCCCAAGGUCACCAUUUAUGUUAUUCGUCCGACAGACCACCAGUCGACUCCCGAGCCCGAAGGAUGCCGUGCCGCCUGUAAAACACCGCACGCGCACACACCCUCCCACGGCGUCCUCCGAGCGCGUCCGCCACCAGCGUCUUGUCACAAGCCACUGGUCUGUUCUCCCAGACGACUCCCUGACAAGUACCCAUCUCGUCUCCUCUGACGUCUAGCUGCAGCCCGUGCCGCAUCUCCGUCACAUCGAGACCGACCGACCGCGGCCCGGUCUCACAAGCCAAAACCCAGACAUCAGCCGGGCGACGCAAUCGCCAGUGCGCGUCUCUGCUGCCCCCACUGUCGCCGUCAGACUGUUCGCGUCCUUUCCUCGGCUCGUAAGGGCCACCCAUCAUCAGCUACAGCAUCAACAGCCAACCAGAAGCACGACGCCGUUUCCAGCGCCCUUUUGCCUCACGGCUGGCUGACUAGUCGCCGCCCCUCAAUCUUAUCUUUCAAGGCUUGCGUUUCGUCUGAGGCCGUCCUUGAACUGCUCAACGGCUUCAACUAUCGUGUUCGCCACAGGCUGCUUGGUUCACUCAGAAAAGCCCGACGCCUGGCGCUCAUUCUGCCGCCUCUCACCGGGGGACGUCGACCUGCAGCCCAGCGAGAUAGCGCACAUACACAAAGCAAUAGGAUGCCUCCAAAUCAGGGCAUUUUGGACGGCAACAGCAACGGGCACUCCAACAGCGACUGGGACGCCGUCAAGCAAGAGGAGUGGCAUGGCGACGCUGACGGCAUGUCCCCCACCUCUCCCCACCCCCUACAGCAGGGUCGGGCUCUCAUCGGCCGCCUCGGGUCCCUGAUUCUGCGUCGAGGCCGGAGCAGCUCACCCAGCGGAUCCGCGCCCGGCGAACUCAAGCGGACGGCAUACCUCGACGGCGUCCGCGGGUUCGCCGCCUUCCUGGUUUAUUGGCAGCACCACACAGCCUGGGCCCACGAGGAGGGCCAGCUCAAAGCUUUCGAGCGUUCCUUCGGCACAGACGGCAACUUCUACCUCGCCACGCUUCCCUUUGUGCGCCUGGCCUUCACCGGCGGCCACCUGGCCGUAUCGACGUUUUUUGUCAUCUCGGGUUACGUGUUGACGGCCAAGCCGCUGGCUCUCAUCCAGGCCGCCGAUCAUGCCCGGCUAUCCGAGAACCUAGCCUCGGCCCUGUUCCGCCGCUGGCUGCGCCUGUUCAUGCCACUCAUUGUCACCACCUUCUCCUUCAUGACCUUUUGGUAUCUGUCGGGCUCGUGGGUUUUUGGCAUGGAACACGAGAAGAGCUACCUUUCCGAGCUGUGGCGGUGGUACACCGAGGGCAAGAACUUCACCUUUGUUUUCAACAUGGGCGGCGACCCUUAUUUCCGCUACAACCCGCAUCUCUGGUCCAUUCCUGUCGAGUUCCGCGGGUCGGUCCUGGUUUACACGACUGUCCUGGCCCUGUCGCGGUGCGCACGCGACGCCCGCCUGCUGUGCCAGGCCGCCCUAAUCUUCUACUUUAUCUACAUCGCCGACGGCUGGUACUGCGCCAUGUUCAUCUCGGGUAUGCUGCAGUGCGACCUGGACCUGCUGUCGGCACGCGGCGAGUUGCCAGCCGUCCUGGCCCGCUUCAGCGGCGUGGGCCCUAUCAAGAAGCUCGUCAUGUGGCACCUACUGGUUGCGGCUCUGUAUUUGGGUGGCACCCCCGCGCACGACGCCAAGGUCGAGACGCUCGCCGAGAACCGCGGCUGGUACUACCUGUCGUUGCUCAAACCUCAGGCUGUAUUCGACUACAAGUGGUACUACCUGCUGUUCGCGUCGACGCUGGUGGUGGCCCUGGUGCCGCGCCUACCACCGCUCAAGCGCUUUUUCGAGACGCGCUUCUGCCAAUAUCUGGGCCGCGUGUCGUAUGGCCUGUACCUGGCACACGGCCCUGUUUUGUGGCUCGUGGGCGACCGAAUCUACGCUGCCGUGGGCUGGCACUCGGACGACCAGCGCCAGAAUAUACCCGGCUGGGUCGACCGCUUCCCGCUGCCCAAGCUCGGCCCCUUGGGGUUGGAGGUUUCGUUCUUGCUACCACACCUGAUCAUCCUGCCGCUGACGCUGUGGGCGGCUGACAUGAUCACGCGCUUCGUCGACGAGCCCAGCGUCCGGUUCGCGCAGUGGUUGUAUGCCAAGACGCUGCCCCCAAAGCCGGUGAAGGCGACGGGGGUUGCUUGAGGAGUGUGAUGAUGACGUACUUGCAUGUACCUUUCCAUUCAUUGCCAUUUUACAUAGCGCACCUAAUCGUACCCAGAUUCUCUCGCACCCCCUCGGUUGCCUGCUGUACAAGUCUUGGCUCUUGGCCGCCGCUAUGCUUGUGCCAAAGUUCCAGCCCCGACUAGCCCCAGCCGCGCCACGUGAGCUCGAAACACAUGUGAAGCCCGGGCCGAACGCACAUUCUAGCCACCGUCUUCCUCUAGCCAAUUUCGUCGCCGAGGCUAGGCCACCGAGGAAGCACGCGGUCGAGGAUCGCAAAACACAACAACCCCCGCGUCUGCUGUCCGAACCCCGCGUUCGCAUGGGGCCCUGUACGCUUUACGCUGGCAAGCAGGGUGGCGCCCCGCCCCUGGUCGAUCCUCACGUCUGCUAGCGUGCAUUCCCCCUCGGCAUCCCUCCCGGUACCCUGUUUGGGCGUCAUGGUGCGGGAAAAUAUGGCGCGCUGGAUGUUUCUGUCUAGAUUUUCGGGGUCGAAGUCUGAAGGUGGUGAGAUGCAUUUUUUUGUUGCCUUGUCUAGGACGCACAAACACGCUCGACCCAUCGCCCCUUUUUUCUCUCCUUUUGCUUUUUGUUUUCGCAUUCCAGGCCGGCACCUUGCAAAGCUUGAUUGGCCUUGACCACUGCUCCAAAAUGAGCAGGUGCGGUAGCCUCCUUGUUUUCGGUGCGAGCGAAUGUCCUGAUUGGGCCACAGCCGAGCGAUCAUGAAUCCAUUUUGCAUUUUUAUUGGUUCUGGGCCUGCGUUUGGUAAACCCAAUGGGGCCUAUCCAAGGCAAGGAAGCUAGCUCGGGACCACCCCUUGGCGAACCCUAGCCAGCCCCCUGGCUGCAAGGGGCACGCGCCAUUUAUACAGUGGUGCCGUGCCUUUUUGUUAUCUCCAGC